AUGGUUUGCUCCGAUGUUGAUCAGGAAGAUCCCAUGGCGGAGGAGCACAACAGUCGUUUCAUACCACAUGACAUAACAAUCGAAAUUCUCCAACACUUCUCUCUAAGAUCACUCGCCAUUGCAAAUUCUGUCUCUAAGCUUUGGCAGUCCUUCGUUUUCACCAAAUCUCUCCAUCUCCACACUCCUCCUUCCCCUCCAAUCCGCCAUGGCUUCUUCUUUCAAAGCUCUCACAUCCCAAAAAAUGGCGCCCCCAUUCACUUCUUCCCUUCGUCUCCCACCUCUCUAACCAAAACCCGUUUCCCCAAUCUCCGUCUUCUCGCCUCCAGCAAUGGCCUCCUCCUCUGUAGCAAACCAAAUCAAAACCCCGCCAUCCAUUACUCUGUUUUCAAUCCCUCCACAACUCAACUCAUUCCCAUCCCCAAACCAAGUAAUCUCAUCUCCAGUGUCAAAAUCGGCUUCCAUUCACAUGAUUCUGUGUCUUUCACCAUCCUUCGAUUUGUAAAUUUUGGGUUCAAACCGAUGGAGAUUUUCGCCUCAGAAACGGGGGAAUGGCGGCGGCUGGAUUUGUAUUUUGAUAUGGAUACUAUAUUUUUGCCAUUUGAAGGACCAUCGGCGGUGGUUUUGAACGGAGUUUUUUAUUGGUUGGAGUUUAAUUCCUUCAUUUACGCCUUUGAUUUGCUUAGGAAUGAGUUUUAUCAAGUGGGGUUUCCUUAUGAAGAAACAGAGUAUGGGCGAAGUGUGUUGUUACGAUGCCUCGCUAUCGCGGGCGGGAGGCUGAUGAUGGCUUCGACGGAUGGGGAGGUUGUUGAGAUACGGGUUCUUGAAGAUAGGGAUUGUUUGUGGAGUUUGAAGUGCAGAAUGAGAGUUGAAGAUGUUGUUGUUGGCAUCAAUGAAAACAGUCGGAGAUUGGUUGGGAUUGUGGGGUUUGAUUCGGAAAGGAUUUACUUGAACACGACGGAGUUUGUGAUUUGUUGCGAUGUUGGGAGUGGAAAAGUUGAGAUUGUUUACAGAUUUGAUACAAUUUUGGAGUCUACCCAUCUUUCUAACUUCACCUUUUUUCCUUAUUAG